AUGAACCGAGUGUCCCGCAGUCUCUUUACGUCUAUCCGUCAAUUCCACUCUUCACGAAUCAACAUGGGUGUCACUAAGGAGACCAUCAAGGCCGGAGAUGGCAAGAACUUCCCCAAAGCUGGCGACACCGUCACCAUGCACUACGUCGGAACGUUCACCAAGGACGGCAAGAAGUUCGACAGCAGCCGGGACCGCGGAAGUGCCUUCGUAACUAAGAUUGGUGUUGGACAGGUCAUCAAGGGAUGGGACGAGGGUGUGCCUCAGAUGUCCCUCGGAGAGCAGGCUAAGCUCUUCAUCACCUACGAUUACGCUUACGGCGAGCGUGGCCACCCUGCCGGCAUCCCCGCCAAGGCCGACCUCACCUUCGAUGUUGAGCUUCUUAAGAUCAACUAA